CAUUGGUCGGUUCGGACCACCAAUAUCCAAUUGAAUCAGGCGUUUUGAAUCAACGCAUGACCUUGAUCAUUUUCAACAUGGCCGCACCGGUGUAGCCAUCAAAUGUUGAGGAGAUGAAAAGCUACGUAAAAUUGACAGAUAAUUUCGCCAAAAAAUAGAUAUCCGAUAACUACAAAACUUAAGACUGCUACUGUGAAAUCAUCUUGUUCGUCUUGACACCGGAGAUUGUGAAUUAAUUAUUAUCUGAAUACUAUGUCAUAUCGUGGAUCAUCUAACCAGUCCAGCUUUGGUAGUGGACAACCGUACAAGUCAACAAUGAUGACUGAUCAAGAAAGAUUGAUUCUGGAGAGAAAGUGGGAAAUAGAAAGAAAACUAGCUGAACAGAGUGCAAUCGAAGAGAAAGAAAAAGCUAAAGCUAAAAAGACAGAAAUUAAAUUCCAAAUUAAAGCACCAUCAAGUUCUCAACCCAAACCUGAACCAAAAGAAUCUGCCAACCAUAAUAUAUUCAGUAAUGAUGGAAGUUUUCUUGCACAAUUUAAAAAAAUGCAGCAAGGUAUGCAGCAAAGUGACAAAGGCAAAGAUGUUUCCUCAGGAUCAUCAACAAAGUCAAAAGCUGCAACAGCAACCAAACCAAUCAUUAUUGGUAAAAAGAUUGGUGGUAUGAAGCUAGAAUUAAAGAAGACACCACCAAACAUAAGCACUAAGACAUCAUUAUCAAGAGCUGAUGUCUUUGAAGAUCCUGAUCAGAACGAAUCAAAUGUUUCUCCGCCAGAGGACCCAGAGACCAAACAGGUAGUGGAACAACUGGCUAAGUUUGUUGCAGAGGGAGGAAAUGAAGUUGAAGAAAUAGCCAUUGAACGAAACAAAGACAAUCCAGCAUUUUGGUUCCUUUACAAACACAACAGUAAUGAAUAUAAAUAUUAUAAACAUCUAUUGAAGCAGUUACAGAAAAAUUCAAAUCCACAUGAAGUUGACAAUUCAUGCACAAAGAAUGCUGGUAAAGAUGUGGUAGAGAAGGAAGGUGGUAAGAGAAAGCGUAAAAAUCGGUGGCUUUCAGAAGAACCAGAUUACGUAUCAGUUGAGAAGAUUGCUGCUACUAUGGAUGUCAAUCCUGCUGGCUUGAAAGGAACAAGUGUCUUAUCUGCUGAACAACAAAAACAACUAUUAGAACAACAAGAGAUGCAGAAAAUGUAUCAAGCUAUCUUAUCUAAACGGCAAGGCAGUACGGCCGGUUCAAGUCAUUCAGUAAAGAAACAUGGUGGAAAGAGAAGGAACAAAUACGAGUAUGAUAGUGAUGAAGAUACUGAGGGUGGAACAUGGGAACAUAAAAAAAGGGCAGAGGAAAUGAACAUGACUCAAGAGGAAGCAUUUAGACAGACCUCUGUAAACAAAGGCAAACAUUUUAUUGGGGAUUUCCUGCCUCCUGAAGAGUUAGAGAGAUUCAUGGAACACGUGAAAUCUCUGAAAGAAGGCAAAAUUCCUGAUUGGUCUGAUUAUAAAGAAUUCAAACUGAAGGAAGACAAUAUUGGUUAUCAGAUGUUGCAGAAGGCAGGAUGGAAAGAAGGAGAAGGUUUGGGUUCAGAAGGCCAAGGUCGGAAAGACCCUGUCAACAAAGGUAAAACCACAAUGGACACUGCAGGAUUGGGUACUGAGAAGCCAGGUGAUCUGCAAGCUGAAGAUGAUGAGUUUGAGAUGUUUAGAAAAAGAAUGAUGUUGGCUUAUCGAUUUAGACCAAAUCCAUUGAACAAUCCAAGAAGACCAUACUACUGAUGCAGAUGUGAAGAAAAGUGUGUGUGUUUGCACAUUUCUUUGCAAAUUGUAACUUUGUAAGCCUAACAUGUCACCUGCUGACACUGCAUUUUUACAUUUAUUUUGGCUAUCCAUGGAACCUUUCAGCAGGUGAUGGUAACAGCAAUCCUUGUAAGCAUCCCAAUCUUACCCUUGGAACAACACAAAUCGUACCAGCACCACCAGUCUUACCAGCACAACAACCCUUGUAACUACCAAAUCUUACAACAACAAAAACAUCACAAUCCUAAUAGUACGAGCACCACCAACCCCUUGAAGCACCUUUCUCUAACCAGCAGCACCAAGCCUUGUAAACACUCCAAUGCUUGUGUCAUGCAUUGUUUUAAAAUGUAUAUUUCAAUAAACUAUGACAAUCAGUUGAAUCAAGGUUGGCUUUAUACAUUAUUAAUUUACCAUACAUAUAUGUUUUAUUAAUUAUUAGUUUACAGUCAGUAUUAUUAGAUGUAUAUCUCAAGGAAAUCAAUAUAUUUUGUUUAUAAAUCUAUUGAUUGCUACUGUAUUAUUGAAGAUUUAACAGUGAUCAUUAGGACAGUUUAGUCUGGGCACAGAUGCUAUAUUACCUCAUUCAUUUCAGUUUAUAGUAUUAUUGCAAGAAAUAAAUAAUUUAGCUUAGAACAAAACAAACACAAACAAUGCUUUGUGUGCAGUCAUCUACAACUUUAAAAGCUAAAUAAGCACUAUCAGUAAAUGCCCUGGUAGUAUCAGCAUGAAUGCUGUAGAACAAAUUAAUUAUGAUCUGUUUAUUUUGUUUGGGAUGGAGAUUUUGAUCUGCCAGUAAUUAAUGUAGUAUGUAGAUCCACUAGUGAAUGCAGUAAGUCUCUCGUCUAACACUAUCCUGGAUAGGAAAAUAAGCUGCUGUAACUUUUAUGAUGAAUUGCCAGAUAAAAUGUGAUGUGCCUCUAUAACCUUGACUUUAAAAUGCUUUCAAUGCCUUCCUGUCAUGCAAGACAACUUAGAUAGAGUUGAAAUAUUUGUUGCAACUUCUAUUGCAUAGACUGCAGUGCAUUGGUGAAGCAUGUGUGCUAUUGGUAAUAACAAUUAGGGGGGGGGGGGGGCAUUGCUAUGAAUAGAAUAAUGUACAGUUUGUAAUCCAUUGUCUGCAUACCUGAACUCUUCAUUAUUGGUGCAACACUAUAAUGUUCAUUUUUUAUUUGAAGUAUUUACUGUAUUACCGAGUAAUAAAAUUUUCCAUUCAGUUUAUGAUUGUGGUCCUA